CUCAGUCCAGUUCUCAUAAACAGUCAACCACAAUCAUAUGGAAGAAAUGAACAAAUUAGAAAUGAAUGUUGUGGUGGUUGAAGUCUGAAUACUGAACAUCUACUUUCCCUCUUUUUUUUUAGACUUUUGCAAAAGGUCAAAAGAAUUUCAACCAGACAAAUUCAAAAAAGAGAUAAAAACCGGAAAAGGGUGUUUUAAAAAAUCUGAAACAUGUUCAUUUACAAACGUACUUGUUUCUUUCUUUUUUUUUUAGCUUUGAUUCUCACAUUCACAAGUGCUGAAAGACAGUACUUCAACGAGUCCCAACAGCUUACCUGGGAUGAGGCCAGGAGCUACUGCCAGGUCUGCUAUAAGGAUCUAGUGGCUCUGACCUCAGACAAUGUCCAGGUAAUAAUCAAGAUGAUUGACACAGACCACUGGAUUGGCCUUCGCAAGCAUUUCCCCAAAAACGUGACAGACAAAAACAAUUUCACCAGUGACAGCAACUUCACCAGCAAUGACAACUUCACCUAUGACAAGGGCAGCAAAAGCAAUUUCAGCAACAUAGACAGCAUCAUCAACAUAUUUAACAACACCAACAUCACUGGUAGGCCUCCCUGCAAGACUUGGUGCAAAUGGUCCAAUGGGGAUCCCCUCGUCUUCCAGAACUGGCAUCCUGGUAUGCCAGUGUUUAAAUCUCGCCUCCCAGAAAUAAAAUGCUGCAGUUGCUCUUGCACAUGCCCAGGAUCAACAACCAGGGUUACAACGAGACUUGCCCCGUUUACAGAAUCACCCACUGUACAGACCAGUGUUAUGUAUUCUCCUCCUGAAAGUACAGGGCAAAGUGAAAUAACCAAGGCUAGUGAAGGAACAACAGGCGAAACAUACCAUGUGCCAUCCACCCCAUCUGCAGCAUCUGGGAAAACAGAAGCCAGAACAACUCAAAUGAGCAGUACUAUAACCACCAAUCAAGAGGAAAUUACUACAAAAGAAGAAAAAACAACUAAGCCCACCAACCAAAAUAUAUUCCUAAGUUGCACAAUGAAAGAAAGAACGAACCAAGAGGGACUUACCACAAACCAGGAGGGACUUAGCACUGCAAGAGAGAGUACGACGGACACAAAACAUUUCAGACAAACUACCGACCAAGAAGGAAUUAGCACUGCAAGAGAAAGUACGAUGGACACAAAAUAUUCAAGACAAACAUCAAGCCAAGAGGGAAUUAGCACUGCAGGAGAAAGUGUGACUAAAGUAGGAGACCUCUCAGUAACUACAACCCAAGAGGGAAUUAGCGCUUCAAGAGAAAGUGUGACUAAAGUAGAUCCCUCAGUAACUACAACCCAAGAGGGAAUUAGCGCUUCAAGAGAAAGUGUGACUAACAUAACAGAUCUCUCAGUAACUACAACCCAAGUAAGAAUUAGUGCUUCAAGAGAAAGUGUUACUAAAGUAGGAGAUCUCUCAGUAACUACAACCCAAGAGGGAAUUAGCGCUUCAAGAGAAAGUGUGACUAAAGUAGGAGAUCUCUCAGUAACUACAACCCAAGAGGGAUUAAGAACUGCAGGAGAAAGUACAACUAAAGUAGGAGAUCUCUCAGUAACUACAACCCAAGAGGGAAUUAGCACUGCAGGACAAAGUGUGACUAAAGUAGGAGACCUCUCAGUAACUACAACCCAAGAGGGAAUUAGCGCUUCAAGAGAAAGUGUGACUAAAGUAGAUCCCUCAGUAACUACAACCCAAGAGGGAAUUAGCGCUUCAAGAGAAAGUGUGACUAACAUAACAGAUCUCUCAGUAACUACAACCCAAGUAAGAAUUAGUGCUUCAAGAAAAAGUGUGACUAAAGUAGGAGAUCUCUCAGUAACCACAACCCAAGAAGGAGUUGGCGCUUCAAGAGAAAGUGUGACAAAACUAGGAGAUCUCUCAGUAACUACAACCCAAGAGGGAAUUAGCGCUUCAAGAGAAAGUGUGACUAAAGUAGGAGAUCUCUCAGUAACUACAACCCAAGAGGGAUUAAGAACUGCAGGAGAAAGUACAACUAAAGUAGGAGAUCUCUCAGUAACUACAACCCAAGAGGGAAUUAGCGCUUCAAGAGAAAGUGUGACUAAAGUAGAUCCCUCAGUAACUACAACCCAAGAGGGAAUUAGCGCUUCAAGAGAAAGUGUGACUAACAUAACAGAUCUCUCAGUAACUACAACCCAAGUAGUAAUUAGUGCUUCAAGAGAAAGUGUGACUAAAGUAGGAGAUCUCUCAGUAACUACAACCCAAGAGGGAAUUAGCGCUUCAAGAGCAAGUUUGACUAAAGUAGGAGAUCUCUCAGUAACUACAACCCAAGAGGGAAUUAGCGCUUCAAAAGAAAGUGUGACUAAUUUAGGAGAUCUCUCAGUAACUACAACCCAAGAAGGAAUUGGCACUGCAGGAGAAGGUACAGCUAAAAUAGGAGAUCUCUCAGUAACUACAACCCAAGAGGGGUUUAGCACUGCAGGAGAAAGUACAACUCACUGGAAAAGUUGUGAGACUACUAACCAAGAAACGUUCCUUACUUGCAAAGUAGUUGAAAGCACUCCCGACACUGGAAAUUGUUUCAAAACCACCACCCCAGGGGAGGACAUUAGCACAGUUUCAGAUAGUACCACUGUUACAGAAAAUUCCUUUACCACAGACCAAGAACAAAAAAGCCCUUUCCAAACAAACAUCUCUUUUACCACUGACAAAAUAACUCACAGCCCAGUAUCUCAAGAUACAACUGGAAAGACAACAGAUCAACAGACGCCAGUGACAUCUACAAAAAGCACAACAACUUUUGAUGUUUUCGAGUCCUCCACAGGCUCCCUUUGGACAACCACUCUGCCAUCAUCAGAAGCAACAUGUGAACAAUCUCCUGUGGAGAUUCCACUUCUCGCUGAAAUUAAUGAAAACUACAUUGAGGACUCCUGCGUGGUCAUAACUAGUUUUGGACCUUGGAUUGAAAUGAGUUGCUCAGAGAUUCUUCCUUUUAUUUGUUAUGAAGACAGAUUUUUCGGCCAAGUCAAUGUGACGAACGUAACGUCAGGGAGUGCCACUCUGACCUGGCUGCCUGGACCCGGUGGCAUCAGUCAUUAUGAUGUUGAGGUCACAGGUGACAUCGAACUGUACGAAAAUGUGACAGAUUUGACCCUUGACCUUUUUAACCUCACGGCUGGCAGCCACUACAAAGUUCAGGUGUUUCCUGUUAAGUGUGACCGACGCCUCAACCCUCAGAAUGCCUCCUUCUACACCAAGCCUUUCAGAAUUAAUGAUCUCAAGGUCGAAAACAUAACAGAGAGAUCCGUCUUUCUGAGUUGGAGGGAGCCACAUGGAAAGGCGGAUUUGUACAUUGUAGAGACAAAGAAUCGGUCCGAGAAAGUGAAGACAACAAAUGUAGAAGUUAAAGAAUUGACACCUGGGAUCUGUUACACAUUUGCCGUCAAUACUGCAGUUCAGGACGAAUCUGAAGAGAGCGAAGAAUCCAGCAUUAUAGGCUGCACCAAACCAGCCAAAGUGUCUAAUCUGAAGGUGACUAACAUAACAGUCUCCUCACUUACUGUUAGCUGGGAAAAGCCAGAUGGAUUUUUCAUAGGUUUCAAUGUGACCGUUUCCACCACUACAAAUAAAACCUAUAACGUAAGUACACCUGAAACCGAACUGACAUUAACAAAUCUGCCGAGUGGAACUAAAAUAGACAUCAGUGUGAGAGCUCUGUCCAAUCACAGCCUGAUGGGAGAUGUUACAAACAUCACCAAUUACACAGCCCCUCUAGAGGUCACAGAUGUUAUUUUGACAGCAGGAAACGACUCAAUCAAAACUACAUGGAAGCAUGCAGGAGGCAGUGGUGUAACAUUUGUCAUUGAAGUUUGGCAUGAAGUCAAACUCUUUGAAAUGAAUACUACAUUAUUGGAAGUAAACAUCACCAAGUUAAACUCAUCAACCAAUUACACAGUAUUUGUACAUGCUGUCAGUGGAAACAUUCCAGGCCCAACACGGUCAAAGUCCAGUUUUACACUGCCUACACCCCCCUCCAAUGUCAGAAUUACGUUUGACUCAAACGACAGCCUCACCUUACAGUGGGACGCUCCUGACAAGAUAACAAAAGCUACAUACAUAAUUAAUGUUACCAGUAUCUGGAAUAGCAGCUAUGAAGAAGAAGUGAAAGAUACCACCACCAAGAACUUUACAGGCCUAAUAUCAGGAACCAACUAUACUUUUGAGGUCUACACGGUUGCUGGAGACAUCAGAAGCUCACCAGCAGUCUGCUACGGGUUUACAGUUCCAGAAAAGACGGAAAUCAGUCUGUCCAUGCUGUGUUCUUCUGCUGAGAUGGCCGACUGUGCUAAUUUACACCUAAGUCUUGUGAAGGAGUUGAGAGACUUUCUUCAAAAAGAAAUAGGAAAAAAAGUCUUUUGGGAAUUUUUGGAACCAAAUAAUUGACACCGUCAAAUAACAGACGAUUUGAUCAGCUUUUGUAUGAAUAAAAGUUUUCUGUUUCUAGUCUAAAUGUUUAUGAUAAAUGUCUGUAUUUCAAAAAUGCUUUUUCUUUAUUUUUAUUUUCCUUUUAAGUUUAAGUUUUAAUAUCUUCUUUUUUUUUUUGAUUGCUUGAAAUUAAUUAAUUCCAAAAUAUUAUUCACUGCUUUGGAAAAAUUGUUUAUAACCACUGUAUAUUGCUAAUGAUUCUGCCUUUUGUGUAAAUAUUAUUACCAAAUUGAAAAAACAAACAGACACAAAAAAAAUCUUUCAGUCUGCAAGCUGUCUUUGUGUUAUGAUCAGCACAUGGUGACUGUAAUUCUGUGGAAAAGCAUGUCAUUUGCUCCUUUUUGCGCAUUUCCAACUAUGUAGCGUUUCUCACAUAAAAACACUUCAUCAUUAGCAAGAGAAAUCAGUCCGUUUUGUGCUUUUGUUUUUUUAGAUUUAGCUCCUGAAUGGCACUCUUUAGUUUUUAUUUUUUGCCUUUUGUUACUUAGUCCAACUCUGAUAGACUGGCUGUUAAGAUCUGGGGUAACAUUAUUUUUUAAAUGUUUGCUUCCCCGGGUGGUUGUAUAUAUUUAAUAAAAGAUUGCAAGUGUGCUUUAAAAGUGUUGUAAUGUGUCUGUGUUUUUUUGUGUUUUGUGCAUACAUUUUACUCUGAAAACACAUUAAUUAAACAAAUCCUUCCUUUUAGAUCAUGUGGAUCUACAGCCCAGCAAUAAGUAUUUCUUAGGGAAAAAUACAACAAGUUAUCCCACUUAAAAA